CUGUAAGACAACUGACACGGCGUGAGAGCUGAAAGUCAAGUCAAACCAAAAUAUUAUACACGUUAAAACCUAAUGAAAUAUGUCGUUUUUUGUAUCUUCCAGCCACCGCAUUCUGUUGUGCUUUUAAUGUAGUUUUGUGUCGGUAAAAGCAGGAUUUAUCGCGAUGUUUCAGGCGGUAACUAAAACGCUUUCUGUAGCAUCAACCACGUACGUUUGUCGUGGAAUAUUGUUGGGUAUUCGACAUUAUUGUAAGAAGACACCAACGAAACUAAGAGUAUCUCAGGCACUUUCGGGAGCAGAUUUGGGAGCAAAUGUCAAAGUACAGGGAUGGGUUCGCUCUGUCAGACCUCAGAAAGCCAACGUCUUUCUCCAUGUGAAUGAUGGGAGCUCCUUGCAGCCGUUGCAAGUUGUUGCUGGUGCAGAGCUGAAUGAUCCGUUGCUGACAUUUGGCAGUGCUGUUGAAGUCACGGGUAGUCUCAAGAAAAGUCCGCACAAAAAACAGCCAGUUGAACUGGAAGCAGACCAAAUCACUGUAAUUGGAGAAUGUAACCCUGUGGAUUUUCCCUUUAAGAUCAAAGAGAGACACGGCCUUGAGUAUAUUCGCCAGUUUCCUCAUCUCAGGUGUAGAACAAAUGCCUUCAGUUCUCUGCUGAGGAUACGAAGCGAGGCCACUACAGCAGUUCACUCUUAUUUCAGGGAAAAUGAUUUUGUACAGAUUCACACUCCCAUCAUCACCUCAAAUGAUUGUGAAGGGGCAGGAGAGCUCUUUCAGGUUGAGCCAUCAGGCCCCGAGAUUGUAGAAGAUGAGUACUUUUUCUCUGUACCAGCCUUCCUGACAGUGUCUGGACAGCUUCAUUUGGAAGUAAUAUCAGGGGCUUUUUCUAGAGUCUACACAUUUGGUCCAACUUUUCGUGCCGAAAACUCCCAAAGCAGACGACACCUGGCUGAGUUCUACAUGGUGGAGGCAGAGAUCUCCUUCACAGAGUCCAUAGAGGAUCUCACCAAGGUCAUGGAGGACAUGUUCAAAUCUGCCACCGAACAUGUCUUGGCUCACUGUGUGGAGGAUGUGGAUUUGUUUCACAAGCAUGUGACUCCUGGACACAGGGACACGGUAGAUGCUAUGAUGAAGAGCAGUUUCCCUGUGAUUACUUACACUGAGGCUGUAGACAUCCUAAACCGCAGCUCCGAGAAAUUCACCUUCCCAACAGAUUGGGGUUGUGACCUCAAGACAGAACACGAGAAGUACCUGGUGAAACAUUGUGGCAACGCUCCAGUCUUUGUCACUGAUUAUCCCUAUGACCUGAAGCCUUUUUAUGCAAGAGACAACCAGGACCAUCCUGAGCGUACAGCAGCUGCAGUGGACCUUCUUGUGCCAGGAGUUGGAGAGCUCUGUGGGGGCUCGCUGAGAGAGGAGAGGCUGGAUCUGCUGAGUGCUCGGCUGGAAGAGGCUGGAUUGGAAGACACCUACAGCUGGUAUCUGGACUUGAGGCGUUUCGGCUCCGUCCCUCACGGUGGCUUCGGACUGGGAUUUGAGCGAUAUUUGCAGUGCAUUCUGGGUGUUGACAACAUAAAAGAUGUCAUACCUUUCCCAAGAUUUUCGCAUUCUUGUCUUCUAUGAAACACAGUUUGAGCCCGUUGGAUGAGUUCAAUAAGUUGUUUGUUUGUUUGUUGUUGUCUGUAAAACAUAAAAUAAAUAUAUUAUUCAGCUUUGUUUUAA